UUCAGUCCACUUCCAACCGUCUCCGGAUGAAAGUGUGUGCUGUUCUUUCACUGUUUCUUGGCUCUUUGAAUGGGCACAAGUGCUCCCUUUAAUACCAUCUUUCUGCCAUUUCCCAAUCUGUCGGCUUUUUGACGAAUUUGGGAUUGAAUUGAGGGUCAGGAUGUGAAAUAGUGAUUCUCCUGGUGAAGUUGCUUUGCUGGAGAGACGCCCUAGGAACAGACAUUUUAUCAUAUGGUUUAUUGAUUGCGGCUUCUCAAGGGUGACUGUUGCUCAGAGAGCCGAACUCCGGGUUCUCGAAUGAGAGAAAGAGAGAUUUUGUGCUAAAUUGUAGCAAAUUAGCAAGAACGGAGAGUAUUUUCAAGUGAAAAAAAAUAGAUUAACACUAGUGGUGGUCAAAUUAGUAAAUCCAACAGAUAUAUUUUUCACAUAAAUAUAAAGAAUUAAGAAAAAAAAAAUAUAAGCAAGUGAACAAAAAUCGCGGAAUGUUCAGUGAAGCACAAAAGAGAAUUUUUAUUUACUUCACGGUUUUGUUGUGUUGAAACUAUUAUUAUUAAUUAUAAAGAGUUAAAAAUUUUCGUAGCGUUUUUGUACAUAAGUUUUUGAGAGACACGUAAAGAGGUUUUUUUUCUGCGUUGUGUUGUGAAUUUGUGAAUUAUUGUGACGAAAGGGAGAGAAACCAUCGAGGAAAUUUUCCACGAGUCUCCUUUUCUGAGGAGCUACUGAAAGAAUGAUCUACUGAGUUGACCUUGGUAGAUUCUCAUCAUCUGCAGCUGAAGAAGAGAUUGUCGGAUGGACGUGUGCGAGGAGGUGCUGGAUCGGAAGAUGGCAGCCCUGGAGCUGCGCGAGGGUAUUGCCGUGGCCAAUGGCGAAGGCAGCGAUAGUGGCGUUGAGUUUGUGGGCGCCAGUUCGCGCGAAGCUGCAGCCGGGGCUGGUGUUCUCGAACGAGCCCUCAGCAGCAACAGCGGCGGCUACGCAAGCAGUGCCGGCGGCUACGAAGACGCCGCCGGAACGGUAUCCUGUGACUCUAGCAUGGUCAGUUUCUGUUCCGAUGCUUGUGAUACCAAGAGUUUGGGCGGGAUGCUGAUACGUGGUCACGAUUGUACAAGUGAGGGAGGUGGGAGUGAAAGUUCAUCGGUUUCUGGACAGCCUCUGUCUUCCAGGCGACCGAUGGGAAAGAAGAAAGUUGCCAUGACUGAACCAACAACCGCAAAGACAGCGCUGGUGAAGAAGACAGCAGAUCCAGCGGUUCUCAGAGCUCGAGGCAGGGCUCUAUCUGCUACAAGGAGUACUCCACCAGCUGCUAAGGGAAGUCCGUCCCUGGCAACUUCUGAGAGAGCGAGAUCCCGUGAAAAAGUGCCUCAGCUUCCAUUUUCCACGCUCACAAGGACUAAUUCCGUGAGAAGACCAACGAAGCUGGACACGCCCUCUAAGGACUUAUCAUCACCACAAAAAGUCACAGUUACGAGAACUCCUUCACUUUCCAGAGGAAGGACUCCAGGUGCAACUCCUACAGAUGAUGGAAGAUGGCCCUCAGUUGGAAGUCGAAAUGGACCGAGUGUUCCAAGAGCUGGUAGACUCUCAACACCGACAGCUGAUGUUGUGACUGUGAAGACAAGGCUAGGAGUUCUAGCAUUGGAGAAAAGUUCUCCUUUGGAUAAAUACGGCACCCUACCGCGAAGGAGAAAAGAGAUCCCUGCAGAUGAACAGGAAAGAUCGUCCAGGAGUAAUUCAAUGUCCAGGGAUCUUUCUCGGUCCAAGAGAUCCACUCCGAAGGAUUCUCCGUCAAAAACCCUCCCUAUCUACCCAAAGACUCCCAAGAAAUCCUCCCCAAAGACCAAAAUCUACCAUGAGACAGCCAUUCAGACGGCUAUAACUUCCAAAGACGUUGAGGAAGCCUUCGCAGGAAGUGCAAAGUACAUUGACGUUCAUGCACCAGAAACAAUCUCGACGGGAGUUCAGUCUGACAUACGAGAUCGAGAAAUAGAAGCUCUUACGACUACCAUCAAUCGGCUCAAGGAGGACCAGCUGACGCUGCAGAACACUCUGUCAGAUAGAGCGCAUCAGAUCUCGUCGAUGCAGCAGGAACUUGUGCGAGAACGUGAGGAAAAACUGCUCAUCCAGAGAGAAUUGCAGUCCAAUUCUGAGAGAGUCUUUGCCAUGCUCGAGUCCGUCCACGUGACACCGCCCGCUGAAGCAGAAAGUACCGAUAGUUUGCUGAUUCUGGAGUCCAAGCUCACCACAGAUGUCCACGUGGCAGAGCAGCACAAGGCAGAAAUCAACAAACUGAGAUGGAUCUGCAGUACACUUCAGCGGGACCUUGAGCAGUCGCUCGAGCGCGAGAGGUUGCUUAUUGAAGACAGGGAGUCAUCAGAGAGAGAGACGCAUGAGCUGCAAGAGUUUCUGCACAAUGAAAAGGUUUCUCUGGUGGAUGCUCUGAAAGAAGCAGAGACUGAGACGCAGACUUGGCGACAGAAGGCUCAGCAGAAGGACAAUGAUAUUGAGAGGUUGCAGGAAGAGUGUCGUCAUCUAGUCAGAACGACUGAGCAGAGAAGGCAAGAAAACAUGGGAAUGCAAGCCAAAUAUGGCGCUCUCGAAGCGCGCAGCAAGGAAUUGAUUACCCAACAGAGUGCUGCUGUGUCAGGAGCCUCUGUUGCCCUUUCUAACCUGGGAUCCCGCCUCGAUAGUCUCGUGGAGCAGCUGAUAUCGUCCUACAAUAUCUCCGAGCAGGAUCUCGAGGACGUCGUCUACCACAAUGAGGCGUACUCCCAGAGUGCCAGCAGUGGUGAGGGAAGUCCAGAGUUUGAGAUUGUAAAGAAAUUGGCGGCGAGCAACGAUGAUGGAUCUUUGUCGCCGCAAAGAAGUCACUCAUUCAUUGCCGUCGUCAUCAAUGCCAUUCGGAAUGCCACAACUAUUCAUCGUCAGCACCCGGAAACCUCAGUUUCAGCUGCUAAGAAGGAUCCGGCGGCUAUUUCAAUAGAAGACUCUGACUCCACCGAAAUGCUGGACUCGGAGACUGAGCCCUGCCUCAUGAUGGAGAAUGUCCUGGAGGAUGUGACUAUGCCAGAUUCACAUUCGCAGAAUUUGGUGUCGUCCUCAGGAAUGGCUCUGUCGCAGAUUGAGUGUCCAACUGAGAUUAUGAAACAUGAUGAUUCGCUCAAUAAUUUGUCCCAAGCCAUCGCCAACAGGCAGCAAAUUGAACUGCAGACAUCGCGAAUGAGGGACGCAAGAUCUUGUCUGAGACAACAAUCUGGAGAGAACAGUUUGUCUGAGGACAUGAGUGUUCACGAGUCAAUGGCAGAAAUCCCAUCAAUCAGUGAAUUUGGCUCAGCUCAGACGCUCGUUGAUCAGGUCAUUCACGUGGACAAUCUCGUGACGAGACUCCUCAAAGUCCUGCGAAUUGUGCAGUUGGACAAUGACAAUUGCAUUCAGCAUUUAAUCUCAGACAAGAACAAAUUGCAAGUGAAUAAGGACGAGAUGGUGGAGAAGCUCAAGGAGUGGGAGAGUGUAAAUAGCAAAUUGAAGGGUGACCUCUCGGAUGCUUCUCAGCAGCUCUGUCAGAAGGCCAGUGAUUUGGCUCUCAGCAGGACAGAAUUGCAGAAGCAUCGUGCAGAAAUUGAUAGACUGAAUGAGGAUAUUUGUAAUUUGAGUACUCUGUGUCAGAGUGGAGUUAAAGUGAUGACUAAGGAGGACAUUCUGGCCACAAUUCAGUCAUGGAAAGUGGAUGGAAGUGUGCCUGAGCCUGAGAUUAUCUCUUCCAUUGUGGCAGCUUGCCAGGAAAUUCCGUCCCUCAAGGAGCAUCUUCUGCUCAAAGAACGUCAAUUGAUUGGGGGCUCAGGGCAGAUUAUUAGUGAGGCGAAGAAGCAGUACGAGGCCAUUGAUAGAGCUCUUGAGAUUCUCAAUGGUUGUCAGUCAAUUGUGGAUCAAUGUCCUGCACUGAGGAAGUUGCAGAGUGACUUGGAGGAGACCAACUUCAAAGCCACUGAGACCAUUUCGCUGUUUUCAGCUCUCAUGGGCUCAUCUUCGUCUCCCUCGUCGCCGGACUUUAAUGCAAAUGCUUUGUCCAGCCAGAACGGCAACCGCGCCCUCGAGCUCACCGUGGACUCUACAGCCUAGGGCGCGCAUUCCCUGCAAGAUGAUCAAAAGGAAUCCCCGUGAGAUUGUGCAUUUUAUUCUCUGUACAGAUUAAUUGAUUGAUUUUAGCGUAGGAAGUUUUAUUCGGAAUUUAAUUGACGCAGAAAAGAGAAAAAAUUAUAUUGUAGAAUUUACUCCAAUAGUCUUUUAGAUCGAGAGAGAGAGAGAGACAUUUCUUGAAUUUACUAGAAUAGAUCGUUUAAGUAGAUGAUAAGUUUAAUUUAUCGAUAUAAUCAGAGUUUAAAUUGAUAAUUCAACUCUCAGCGAUUAUUUUAUUAUCACAAUAACCACUUUUUUUUAUUGCUUCUAAGUUCAUUUAAUGCAUUAUUUUACUCUAAUAACUUUCUUAUAGAUUAUUGUAGCUUUUGAGAACGUUUAGAGUCAAUAUUAAUCUGUAUUUUAUUUCUAAAAUUUAUUGACUUUUUUUUCGGAUGAGAAGGAACUCAAUUUAUUCUUGUGAUUUCCUAUUGAAGGAUAUUACCAUUAUUUUUUUCUCAAUGUAAGCACGUUUUAUUUUAUUUUUUUUUUUAAUUUUUUCCAAUGAUUUAUCUCAUAAACACUCUCAAGUGAGUGAAAAAGAGGGAGAGAACAGCAGUAAAUUGUGCUUUUGAUACUGGAGAGAAGGCGAGAUAAAUCCCGGAUUUUCAUUUGUUGAUCAAGAGUCUCACAACUCGGACGUGUAAUUGUUGCAUUUCUCAGACAAUUUUCAACUGAAGUGAAGUGAUUUUUUUUUUGUUUUUGCGAAGUAGAUUUCCCGAGUGAAUUGUUGUGAGAGGGAAAAUGCAUGAAAAUUGCAUAAAUCCCAAGAUAUUUCAACAGCUGAAACCUUCCCAAUUUUGGGAAGGAAUAAAAGAUGAAUUUUAAAAAGAGAAUUUAUUGAUGUUUCGAGUGAUGAUGUUAAGACAAAUAAUAAAAUUUCAUCUUCCAAAAUUUAAAUUUGAAAAA